AUGGCCAGUGGCUCGGCGCGGCCACGGGAUGGCGCGGCCAAGGCGCGCGGCUACCGGUGCGGUCACGGGACGGCGCGGCCACGGCGCGCGGCGCACGGCUACCGGCGCGGCCACGGCGCGCGGCGCACGGCUACCGGCGCGGCCACGGCGGGCAGCACGGCCACGGGGCGGCGCGGCCACAGCGCGCGGCGCGCGGCUACCGGCGCGGCCACAGCGCGCGGCGCGCGGCUACCGGCGCGGCCACGGCGGGCGCACGGGGCGGCCAGCUCGAGCCCCGGUGACGGCAGCCGGCCGUGCACGGGCUCGGCCGGGGCGACGACCGGCGCGGCGGCGGCGGCCACGCCACACGACGCGGCGUCGUGCCGGCCAUCGAGACGGCGGCGGCGGCGUCAGCAGGACGCGGUGCAGCGUGCUUGUACUCCGGCCGGCUACGGCUGCGGUUUUGUCGAUGGAGACUUCCAGCUGGUCAUGCUGGGUUGA